AUGGGUUAUUACCUUGCUGAUGGUAUCUACCCAAAGUGGGCAACACUUGUCCAAUCAAUUAGACAUCCUGAGAAUGUGGCAGAUGAGUAUUUUUCCACCAAGCAAGAGGUAUAUCACGAACGGGAUGACUACUACGAUGAAGAGUCCGAUGACGAAGAUUCUGAUCUAAAUAGGUCAAGGAGAGACCGUGCAUUGAUAUAUGAUGGAGCUGAUUUUCCUCGGGAUCUAAGAACAGGUAGAAUCUUCAUGGAAUCAUACAUGAGUCGAUAUAGAGCAAUAUGUUGUCCUGUUGCAAACACUGGCUUACAAGAAGACCUUGUUGCGCAUAUAUGGAACAUACGAGGGCAAGAACAAUGA